AUUGCUUAUCCUAAUUUAUCAAAAUUAUCAGUAUGGCAUGCACUGUAUAAAUAGCUAAUCGAAUAUAAUGAAAUGGUCAGAUAUCAAAAGUUUUAGGACAAUGCACAAAUUAGUGCUUUUAGUUCUGUGUGGGGCAGCAUAUGCGCUGGCGGCGCCGGGCGCGCGCAUCGUGGGCGGGCAGGGCGCCUCCAUCGAGGAGUACCCCUUCUCCGCCGUGCUCAUGUACUACUGGGAGGACGUGUGGCAGCCCAACUGCGGCGGCGCGCUGGUCACGCGCACCACCAUCCUGUCUGCGGCCACCUGCUACGGAUUCGCUUUGCCGUCGACGUUCAGCGCGCGCGUGGGCAGCACGUCCCGCGUGACGGGCGGCACGGUGGUGGCGGCGCGCGAGUUCGUGUUCCACCCGGACUACCUGAAGGUGAUGGAGGCGCUGCAGCCGAUGCCCUUCGACCUGGUGAUCGUGCGCGUGGCGCCCGGCAUCGAGUACUCUACCGUCAUCCAGCCCGCGCGCAUCCCCGCCGCGCAGUUUCCGCUCCCGACGGGCACCGCGCUCACUGCCCUCGGCUGGGGUCAAACUACCAACAACGGUUCCCUUAUCGGAAUUAUCACCGAAGCAUCGGAAACACUGAAACAAGUAGAAGUCCGGGUGUUCGACCAGCAAACUUGCAGAGAACGGUACAGCGCGUAUGAGAUCGUGGACCACAUGUUGUGCAGCAUUGCGGUGGAGGGCGCGGGCACGUGCCGCGGGGACACUGGUGGUCCGGUGGUGCUGGACGGCGACGUGGUGGUGGGCAUCAGCUCCUGGCGCCGGAACAACUUGUGCGGGAACGACUUCUACCCGGAGAUCAGCACUAAAGUCAGCACCUUCUCUGGAUGGAUCGUCGAAAACGGCUCCGGAUAAACACGUAUAAAGAUAAAUAAAUAUUGCUUUGGAAGAUUU